ACAAAAUGCAGCGAUUUUCUAUCACUGUGCUGCUCCUUGUAGGAGCCGUGUUUGUUCAAUCGUCUCAUGGAUGGGAAGAUGGAAAAGAAUAUACUUACAAAAUCAAAAGUCGUACUUUGGCCUCAUUCAACGAAUAUACUAAACAAUUCAGUGGCAUUGUGAUGACAGGUCAAUUUAUAAUUCAAUCUAGUGCACCAGGGAUUCUUCGAGCAAAAAUCUUUCAUGCACGAUACUCUCCUAUCCAUUCGAAAUUGGAUGAUGGGUGGGAGUCGAGAAUUCCAGAAGAUAAUAUGACAAUGCAGAAUUUCCCUAUCAGCGACAAGCCUUUUGAAAUUAAGAUAAAAAGAGGUGUUGUGAAGGAUCUUCUCGUUGAUAAAAGUCUUGCCACUUGGGAAGUCAAUAUAUUGAAAUCUAUCGUUGGACAACUUCAGGUCGACACCCAGGGUGAGAACGCUGAAAAAUUAAAAAACAAUCAGUUCCCGGAUGACAAGCAGCCUCAUACAACGUAUAAGACUAUGGAAGACUCUGUUGGAGGGAAAUGCGAAGUUGUAUAUGAUAUUUCACCUCUACCAGCGCAUACAUUGCAAGAUAAACCUGAAUUGGCACCUAUGCCCGAACUUCGUGGAGAUGGAGACAUUAUUUCGGUUGUUAAGAGUAAGAACUACACUAAGUGUGCUCAACGAGUAAGCUUUCACUUUGGUGUUAAUGGGCGCAAUAAUUGGGAACCUGGAAGUGGAAAAUAUUUAUCCAGAUCUUCUGUCAGCCGUAUAAUUAUAUCUGGAGAUGUAAGGAAAUACACUAUUCAAUCAUCCGUGACUUCAAACAAAGUUAUUGUCAAUCCUGAUCUUGGUAAAGAUCAACAGGGAACUGUUUCCAGCAAAAUUGAAUUGAUAUUGCAUAAAAUCAAUGCCAUUCAAGAUAAAAUAUCAGCUCUCUCCGAUAUUGAAUCAACUGGAAACUUGGUUUACGAUUACAACAACCCAUUUGAAAAAGAAUCCCUACGUCACUCAAGUCAUUCAAACAGCGAUGUAAAGAAUGAUACAAAUAAGGAACAUUGGCGUGACAACGAUGAUUUAUAUGAAAUCAACACAGAGGCAUACAGCAGCGAAGAGCUGGACAAUGAUAUACAGCCAGAACCAACAAUGACCCAGCCACCUCAAAAUCCAAUGCUUCCAUUUUUCAUUGGUGACCAUGGUCAUUCAAUCAGGAUUAAUGAAAAGCUCAAUGUUGUAAAAUCCGCUAAGUCUAUUGCUCAAGAAAUCGGAAGUGAUAUGGUUCAUCCUGACGUUAUGCCAGACGAAGAUACUUUAGAAAAAUUCACCAUUCUUUCAAGACUCGUACGUUUGAUGAACGCUGAAGAAAUCGACGAAGUUCAACGCGAAUUGUACAGGCCACCUCUAUCUAUCAAUGAGCCAGACCUAGGCAGCCAAGAACAGAGAGUUCAUAGAAAUACUUGGAUGGCUUUCCGCGAUGCCGUGGCGCAAGCAGGCACGGGUCCAUCUCUUCUCAACAUCAAGAAGUGGGUUCAAGAAAAGAAAAUUAAAGACGAUGAAGCAGCCAAGGUUAUCGACGCCAUUGCUAAAUCAACGCGUACACCCACACCUGCGUAUAUGGAGACAUUCUUUGAAAUGCUCAAGUUGAAUGAAGUAAUUGAUCCACCAGUCGUUUUUGAUAAUGCUCAUCAAUCGUAUGCUGAUCUUAUACGUCAUGCUAUUGUAAAUAAGAAGAGUGCACAUAAUCGUUAUCCAGUGCAUACUUUUGGAAAGUUCUACAACAAGAAUAUCCACAAUUUACAUUAUAAAUAUUUUCCUUAUAUGGUUGCUCAACUUCAAGAUGGUUUCGAGAGAAAAGACAGUAUAAAAAUCCAAGUUCUCAUCAGUGCCAUUGGUAGAACCGGACAUCCAAGAAUUUUUUCUUUGUUCGAACCAUACAUCGAAGGAAAAAAAGAAGCCUCUCCUUAUGAACGGUUUUUUAUGGUUAUAUCAAUGGAUAGACUAACUUCUAGUUAUCCAAAAACAGUUCGCUCUGUUCUCUAUAAAAUUUACUCGAAUACUGCUGACCAUUACGAAAUUCGUACUGCCGCUGUGUAUCUCUUGAUGAAGACAAAUCCUCCAGCAAGCAUGCUUCAGAGAAUGGCAGAUUUUACCAAUUACGACAGUAGUAAGCAGGUCAACUCUGCGGUAAAAUCAUCAAUUGAAUCACUUGCCCAACUUAAAGAUACUGAAAAACAAAAUCUUGCCGAUGCUGCAAGGACUGCUUUACCUUUGUUGACUCGAGAAAACUAUGGCCCACAAUAUUCAAGAGCUGUUUUCAGUUAUAACAAAGAUUCAAUAAGUCAUUCUGGGCACUCUUUAGAAGCUUAUUACAUUGGCAGCGACGAUAGUAUUAUUCCAAAAGGUGUUGCCAUCACUAUUUCUCCUAUACAAGGUGGUUUGAAAAUGCCUAAAAUUCAAGUAACAGGAGCUGUCUCGAAAAUACGAGAUCUCCUAGAUUCAUUGCAGAAACAGCUGGGCCUGAAAGAUAAGAAUUCUUUAAAAGCCGAACAAAAGAAAUAUUCCUCAGAAAACAUUGCUAAGAUUUUAGGAAUUAAUGGAGAUAAAGCAGAGUUGCUCGAAGGCUUCAUGUCUUUCAGUGAUGCCACUGACUCCGUAUUUUUCUCUUAUUCUGACAGACAAACCGGAAAUUCAGGAGAACAACUUGAUAACUUGGUAGUCGAUCUUCCGGAAAAACUCAGACGUCUCCAGAAAGAUUUGACAAAAGGAGUUAAUUAUGAUAAGACUAGUAUGUUAAACAGUAUAGUUACCAUGAGUUUUCCAACCGAAACCGGUUAUCCCCUUACUUUUGAUCUUAAGGUUCCAAGAAUUUCGAAAGUAAUCGGACAGUGUCAAGCUCAGAUCGAAACUGACCACGAAAAUCAAUCUACCGAACCUAAAUCUGUUACUAUAACUGCAAAAGUAUCCUUGACCCAUGGAAUCAAAGUUCAAAAACGCCUUAGCUUUGUAACACCUUUCGAAAAUCAGCAGUACAUAGCUGGUGUUGACAAAAGCGUACAAUUUCAUUUACCCAUUGAAGCGGAAGUUGAAUAUAACAACAAAAAAAAAGAAUUUCGUCUGAAGAUUCAACCAAACAACGAGGAGCCGAAUUUUAAGCUCGUUCAAACAAAAAUUGAACCGUUUACUUCCAAACACGAUAUUCUUGAUCUCAAACCAGUAUCUACAGAUAAAAACACUCUUGUAAUUGAAAAGGAGAAUUCUCCACCUCUAUUUGUUUUUAGUGAAGAUAACAAACAAAGCGUGCAAUUCCAUUGGAAAAGACCAGAGAAUAUAUUGGUCACUUCUGAAACUUCUGCACUUAAAGAGGCAAUAAGAGACAUGGCUGCUUCCAAUAUGGCUCGCGCUGUUACUUCAAUAUAUAUCACCAGUACAAAAGAAAACACCGAAUAUCAAAGUUAUUGGGUGAAACUUUCACCCAGUAAUAACUUAAGCGUAGAAAUGAAAAUAUCUUACGAUCAUCUAUUCAAAGACCAGGAUUCGUUCAAUGAGGAGAAUGAAAAGCCAAAGGGUAGAGCUCCUCGUCUCGAGAAAAAUAUGAACGAGGUAGAACGUAAACAGAAAUUGUUGAGAGACGCUUCAAGGAGCAUCAAUUUCGCUAAAGCUGAUGCUCUCGAUGUCAGUUUCAAGCUCAACGGUGAAUUACAUACCUCUGCCAAUUUUACCAUAGCUGCUGCUAAAAGUAAUGUUGAUGGGAAAACUCGUACUCUCGUGUACGCCGCAGCGAAGGUACCCAACAAAGAUGAAUACUUCUUGUCUGCUAGAUUUGAGAGCAACAGCCCUAAUUUCAAAACCAUGUAUUACGAAGAGACUCUGAAGGCGAUCACUCAACACGAACUUGACGGACAAAUAAAGUACGGUAGGAGAGAUAAUGAAAGCAGUGCCGACAUUUUUUAUCUGAAUGGCAAGGUAAGACAAACUGAAGAACGCAAAGAUCAGAUUAGACAAUCUCGUCAAGCACAAGAGUGCUCUAAAGAGGCAAAUCGCAGUGGGAACACAUUGACAGCAGCCUGUCAAAAAGCUAAUGAACGAGCUAGUAUGUUCGAUGCUGGUGAUUUCAUAAUAGCUUACGAAAACGGAUCACUGGUGGACACGAUAAGCAUGAAUGCAAUGAAUCACGCAGGAUAUGUAAGUCCGAUGGGCAUCGUAAUAAAUAGGUAUAAAAAAGGUGAAAAAAGUAAGGUCAAGAUUGGGUUCAAAGUCUCUCCAAACGAUGAGUCAGUUGAUUUCAGCAUUACAACUCCUGUUGGACAAAUCACUGUGUCAGAUGUAAAAAUGCCUCACACUCAUCGUUCUGACGAUGAAAAUACUGAAUUUGAAAAAGAAAAGGAAAGCUUUGAAACAGUUACGGUUCCUAUCUCUAGUUGUGCUUUAGACAAAACUCAAGUUAAAACAUUCGACAAUCAUCGCUUUAAUACGCAGCUUGGUCAGUGCUGGCACGUGGCCAUGACUCCUUCUCCUAAGAAUGAUUACUUUAACCAAGGACAACACAAAAACAUUCCAGAAGACAGACACUUUACAAUUGUGAUUCGUGACAAUGAACAUGCUCACAAAGACUUGAUUAUCACUUUAGGAGAUAAGGAAAUCGAGCUUUUUUCAUACGGUAGUCGUAAGAUCGAAGUUAACGUUAAUGGUGACAAGAUCAAUAUAUCAAAGAAUCAUAGCUACCAAGAAAACAAAAACCAACAAAUUGUUAUAGAGAUCUUUGAGCUUCCAGACAAGUCUAUCAAGCUCGUAUCCAAGAAAUAUGAAAUCGAGGUUAUUUACGAUGGUUCCCGCGCUAUUAUCAAGGCUGGAGAUAAAUACCGUGCCUCAGUUCGUGGUCUUUGUGGCGAUUACGACGGCGAAUCGGAAAACGAUCAAAAGACACCGAAAGGCUGUCUUUUGGAGGCGCCUGAAGAAUUUUCUGCCACCUAUGCUUUCAUCAAUGACAAGCAUUGCUUAGGUCCAGCUCGCGAGAAUGCUGAUAAGGCCAAGCAAUCAGAAUGCGUUCACGAGAAUGUUCAACCUGGAAACGUAAUCAGUGACAAGGAAGCUGGACGCAAAUAUCGCAACAGCAGCGAUGAGAUUGACAGCAGCAGUGAAGAUGCAAGUUGCACGGAGCGUCGCACGAUGGUCAGCAGAUCCGCGAGUGAGAUCUGUUUCUCCGUACAACCUGUGCGCACGUGUAUGUCUGGUUGUUAUUCUACAGGCCAAAAUAAUCAAGAUGUCGCAUUCCAUUGCGUUCGUAGAUCUAGAACUUCUGAAAGAAUUGCCAAUCGCAUCGAGAAGGGCGCUAACCCUGAUCUUUCUCAAAAGAAGAUUUCCAAGACCGAGAAUCGUAUGAUCCCUAUCGGCUGCAGAGCGUAAAAACGAAAUUUUAUAAAUGAAAGAAAAUAUAUUUAUAUAAUUCCACGCAGGA